GUUCGUGACGUCAUCACGGGGUGCCACAGGAUUCUGGAGAGCUCCCCACAUGUAAAGAAAAAUAAAUUGGGGACAAUGUUUUGACUUUAUUUUACUAUGUACCUAGCAUAUUCUACUGUCAGCAGCAAGAACAUUUUUAGUUUUAACUGUGAUAAGUAAUUUCUAAACCUGGUAAACACUACAUUUAUUGCGCUAGCAAACUUUAUAGAGGUUAGUGAGCGAGCUAAUUUAGCCACCUUGCUAGGUAACAACUACAGUAACGUUUUAGCUUACUACCAUGGACAACUCGGACGAAAAUUCGGUUCAGCUCCAUGGGGACGAAGAAAUCAUAGAAGUCAUCGACCUAAACGAAACGGAACAAAGCGCAGAUGAUUUAGCUGAUGAGUUUGAGGACGUUGACUUCGGUGAGACUAGGGACGGAGACGAUGAGCAAGAAGACUGGGAUACAGAGGACGAGAUGGAGCAGGAAUCCGUGCAAGACGACAGCGACCUCACCUUUACCAAACACACGGGCUCUGUGUUCUGUGUGAGUCUGGACCCUGCUACUAACAGUUUGGCUGUGACUGGUGGAGAAGACGACAAGGCUUUUGUCUGGAGAGUCAGCGACGGGGAAGUGCUGUUUGAAUGCACAGGGCAUAAGGACUCUGUGACGAGCGCUCAGUUCAGCCACGACUCUUCUCUGGUGGCCACCGGGGAUAUGAGUGGACUGAUCAAAGUCUGGAAGGUGGAGACCAAGCAAGAGGUGUGGUCCUUUGAGGUCGGGGACCUGGAGUGGCUGGAGUGGCACCCCUGUGCCCUGGUACUGCUGGCGGGCACGGCGGACGGCAAUGUGUGGAUGUGGAAGAUUCCGGCGGGUGACUGCAAGACCCUGCAAGGCCCCGGAUGCCAGGCCACCAGCGGAAAGGUUCUCCCGGACGGGAAGAGAGCGGUGGUGGGCUACGAAGACGGGAUGGUACGACUCUGGGACCUGAAGCUGGGAAACGCCAGCCAUGUGAUUAAAGGUCAUGAUGGUCACCAGGGGGCACUGACGUGCCUGGCGUGUAACAAGGACGGCUCUCUGGUGCUGACGGGCUCCGUCGAUGGCUGUUCCAAGCUCAUCCACACCGCCACAGGCAAGGUGUUGGGGGUGUUUUCCCUAGACAGAGGCAAAGGUAGCACCUCCCAGGAGGAGGCUGUGGAGGAGUCCAAUUCAGUGGAGUCUGUGGGAUUCUGCAAUGUGUUGCCUCUCAUAGCCGUAGCCUAUCUUGAUGGGACCCUGGCCAUAUACGACCUCUCUUCCCAGGUCCUUCGACACAAGUGCCAGCACGAGGCUGGGAUAGUUCGCUUGCAGUGGGAGGAGUCAUCCUCUGUGGUGUCCACCUGCAGUCUGGACGGGGUUUUCAGGCUGUGGGACGCUCGUUCAGGGACCAUGGUGUCAGAGUACCGUGGUCACCGGGCAGAGAUCCUGGACUUCACACUCAACAGAGAAGCCUCCAUGGUGGUCACUUCCUCCGGAGACCACCAGGCCAAAGUUUUCUGCCUCCAACGACCAGACCGGUAAUGAGAGCAAGCGAUGGUGAGAUGGGGAGGGACACGCACUCGCCCUGCUACUUCUCCCUGUCAGCAAAAGCCACAAGCGGAUGAACGGACUUCUAGCUAGAUUCAAUCCGACUUAAAGGCAGCGUUCUGUUGUUUUCAGAGAUUCAACGCUUCAUACUCACUCGACUCUGCUCGCCUUUGAAUGGUGCACUGUUGAAGCAUGGUCAGAUUGAAUCCUGGCCUCUCAUUGUGUUUUCUCGACUGAUAGUUUUAAAAUGUCUUGCAUCGUUAGUAGGCUUGUGUGUAAUUUAUGAUCUACACCAGACCUGCAAUGUUGUAGGGAGUUCUAGAACAGACUGCACUUCUGCUCAGGGUUCUCAAGUAGCACCCUCCUUUAAAGAUAUGUAUCCAAAAAGGUUGAUGGUGAUGUUAGAACCCAUCUACCAAUAAGCGAUGAAGCCUGUUUCAGUAGCACCUUGGAUCUUGAUCUUUUCAGUAUCACCCAAAAUCAUGUCAACUCUUUCCUGUGUAAAUAUUUUGGACCCUGUUCAAAUGCAUCUACCAUGCUUCCUUCCUUUGCAGCAGUAAUUAAUCGGUGUAUGUCGAGUUGGGUAAAGUAAUACUUUUAACUUUCACCCAUCCCAUCGCAUACAGAUGUGCGUUUACCUCAAGGAAGGGGGAAUGUGAAGUGGCGGUACUGGGUCAUGGUCUCCGUUCUGUGAUUUGGUGGAACCAUUAAAAUGUUUUCAACCCAA